UAAAUAAAUUGCUACACAAAAUUAAUAAUGUAAAAUUUCUAUUCAUGAAUUAACCAUUAUUGCUAAUACAGAUUAGUUUAUAAAAUUGUGUAUCAGUCCUUCCAUCCAAUGGACUCUCCUACACUGUUGUAUUGGUAAACAGUGACAUAGCUAGCUGGUGCAUUGUGGGCAGUGUUAUUUAUUACGUACUAACAGAUUCCUCUGAACCGCCCAUUGUUAAUUGAUUUUUUUUUUUCCUUUUUUGGCAUUUUGUUGGUUUGUGGUUAUUGUGUGUACUACUCCAUGGGUUGUGGAAAUGUGUGCAUGGUAUUGGUUGGUCAUCUUUAUCCACGUCACAAAAUAUUACAACCAAGAAUUAAAAAAUAGCAAACAAAAGUUUGGGGUGAGUAUAAAGUGGAGGGCAUUGUACAUAUUAGUGUGGAGAAGAGUUGCUAGGGAGGUGAGAAACAUGGAAUCAGGAAAGAGGGGCUUUCUUGCUUUGCUACCAUUGCUCCUUUCUUUCCUGUUCUACUUUGAUUUCUCUAAAAAGGUACUACUAUUUUGUUCUAUAAUUUCUGAAUGAUCCUCAAGAAAGUUUCUGGUGGUUUAUUCCUCAGCUUCCCUCAAGUGAUUGCAGCCUUCUGCCUCACAAUCACUAUUGGAUAGCCAGCAAACGUAUCGUGACUCCAAACGGAACAAUUUCUGGUGCAGUUGAGAUAAAGCAAGGAAGAAUUAUAUCUAUUGUUGCUGAAGAGAAUUGGCAUGUAAAUUCUCGGUCCACAGCAGUGGUCAAUUAUGGGGAGGCUGUGGUCAUGCCUGGAUUUAUUGAUGUGCAUGCCCAUCUUGAUGAUCCUGGAAGAGCAGAAUGGGAAGGAUUUCCUUCAGGAACAAAAGCAGCAGCUGCAGGUGGAGUAACUACAUUAGUUGACAUGCCUCUUAAUAGUGCUCCAUCAACAGUUUCUGAAGAAACUUUAAAACUUAAGGUCGAUGCUGCAGAAGGGAGGGUCUACGUGGAUGUUGGUUUCUGGGGAGGUUUGGUUCCAGAAAAUGCAGAAAAUGCAAGUUCUCUAGAAAGACUUCUAAAUGCUGGUGUUCUGGGUUUGAAGUCUUUUAUGGUGCCAUCAGGCAUCAAUGACUUUCCCAUGACAACGUCAUCCCACAUAAAGGAAGCACUCCCUACUCUGGCUCGAUACAAAAGACCCCUACUUGUUCAUGCCGAAGUGGAAGUAAAUCUUGAUGGAAAACUGGAAAUGGAGGAUGGGGUCGACAAUGCCAGAUCAUAUUCUACAUAUCUUAAGACCAGGCCUGCUUCAAUGGAAGAGGCAGCUAUCAAUCAGCUCAUAACAUUGUCUAAAGACACGAGGGCUGGUGGUUCUGCUGAAGGGGCUCAUCUGCAUAUUGUUCAUCUGUCUGAUGCUAGAACUUCACUAAACCUCAUUAAGGAAGCCAAGCAAAGGGGUGAUAGUAUCACUGUUGAAACUUGCCCCCAUUAUCUUGCUUUUGCAGCUGAAGAUAUUCCUGAUGGAGAUACUCGGUUCAAGUGUGCUCCACCUAUCCGUGAUGCAGCCAAUAAAGAAAAACUAUGGGAUGCUUUACUGGAUGGAGAUAUUGACAUGUUAAGUUCUGACCACUCCCCUGCUGUGCCAGAAUUGAAACUCUUAAAUGAGGGUGACUUCUUGAAAGCAUGGGGUGGCGUAUCUUCUUUACAGUUUGUUCUACCUGCGACAUGGACAUAUGGCCGCAAGUAUGGAAUAACAUUUGAGCAGUUAGCGUCCUGGUGGAGUGAGAAGCCUGCCAAACUUGCUGGUCUCACUACUAAGGGGGCAAUUGCUGUAGGGAACCAAGCAGAUAUAGUUGUAUGGGAGCCAGACGUGGAGUUUAACCUGGAUAACGACUACCCUGUACAUAUUAAGCAUCCUAGUAUUUCUGCAUACAUGGGAUCAAGGCUCGCUGGAAAAGUUCUGUCAACCUUUGUGCGCGGAAAUCUUGUAUACAAGGAGGGAAAUCAUACUUCUCAAGCGUGUGCUCUCCCAAUUCUGCAUAGAUAGUUAGUGCUAUGAGCCUAUUGGUUGUCCCUUUGACGUUCUUGGAGAUGACCAUAUGGCUUGGCAUGUAGAUGGAAUCGAUGAAUUCGUCAUUCAGAUCAAAACCAAAACUUGCAUGGAUCCAAGUUGUGAAUCUUAUUCUCUCCUUUUAGGCGCGCAAUUGGGCUGGAGUGUAUAUAAUCUGUUGCAGCCCUUAAGUUGAUAUUUAACUCUGUAGAAACAAAAACAUUUCAGUUGAAGCUGAAAGCCAUUGUUGUGUUGAUUAAGUACACACAUUUCUCAGCAA